AUGGAUGUGUCAAUUCCAGAUCUUGAUAUGUGGGCUUUCAUGUUCAACAACCCCGAGCCGCGAAAGUUCCCAGACAGCCAGGUCAUAUACCGGUCAGCUACUAACACGUCACGAGCAUACACCUUCUCCGACGUGAGAUCUCUUGCGACGUCCUUCGGAGAAGGAUUGCAAAAUCUCUGGGACUGGCAGAAAGGCGAGGUCCUAGCUAUUUAUGCGCCAAACGACAUAGAUGUGGGCCCAAUAAUAUACGGUGUCUUCUUUGCUGGUGGUAUCAUCAGUCCGGCAAACCCUGCAUAUAGCCCUGAUGAAUUGGCCUUCCAACUGAACAACAGUGGUAGCCGAGCUUUGGUGACUACUGUCCAAUUCUUACCAAAUGCGCUGAAGGCGGCCGAGAAAGCAGGCAUACCACAGGACCGGAUAUUGUUGCUCGGGGAGGCGAGAGACAAAGAGCACAGGGUGAAGCACUGGACUAACAUCCGCAAGACGAGCGGCGCACUGAGGUAUCGACGAAGGAAGCUGCAACCAGAUGACGAUCUUGCUUUCCUAGUCUACAGCUCUGGCACGACUGGUUUGCCAAAAGGUGUUAUGCUAAGCCAUCGAAAUGUAAUCUCGGACCUAUGCUUGAUCAAGGGCGCGGUCGGGCAUUGGUAUGAAACUGGAAAGGACAAGAUCUUGGGAGUGCUACCGUUUUUCCACAUCUAUGGCCUAACAGGGCUCGUUCAUCAGCCAUUGCAUCGCGGAAUUGAACUUGUCGUCAUGCCAGCAUUUGAUCUGAAGCUGUUCCUGAGCACAAUUCAGGAUCAUAAGAUCACUUUCAUCUAUGUUGCGCCUCCAGUCAUAGUCAGGUUAGCGAGGGACAAAGUGGUUGAUGGAUACGACCUAAGCUCCGUCAAGAUGAUCACAAGCGGUGCCGCACCAUUGACCCAAGAGCUGGUAGACGCCGUACACAAAAGACUCAAGAUCAAGAUCAACCAAGCAUACGGCUUGAGUGAGACCAGUCCUAUGACACAUACUCAACCGUGGAAUGAAUGGUAUGACAGUGUGGGUAGUGUUGGCAAGAUGUUCCCGAACAUGAUCGCCAAGUAUAUGAGUGCAGAAGAGAAGGAGCUGGGUCCUGGUGAAGCUGGUGAGCUGUGGUUGGCAGGGCCGAACAUAUUCAAAGGGUACUGGAAGAACGAGAAGGCCACUAAAGAUGCUAUCGUUGAAGCUGAUGGACUGAGGUACUUUAAGACUGGUGAUGUUGGUUUUCAGGAUGAGAACCACAACUUCUACAUCACUGAUCGUGUGAAAGAGCUCAUCAAGUACAAAGGCUUCCAGGUUGCGCCUGCUGAAUUGGAAGGCAAACUAAUGGAUCAUCCGUUGGUGAAUGACGUUGCAGUGAUUGGGAUCGAAGAUAAGGAGAUGCACACAGAGGUGCCGAGGGCAUAUAUAGUGCACGCAAAGAAAAGUGGUAAGGCUGGCAACAGAGAAACCGGCCUACCUGAAACAGAAGACGACAAGCAGGAUGCUGAUGAGAUUAUAAAAUGGAUUGCUGGUAAGGUGGCGAAUCACAAGAAGCUGAGAGGCGGUGUGCGGUUUGUUGAAGAGAUCCCAAAGAGUGCGGCAGGCAAGAUUCUGCGACGUUUGUUGAAGGACAGAGCAAAGAACGAGGCGUCUAUCGCGGUUCCGAGAGCGAAGCUGUAA